CAGCAGCUGAAAUCCGAAGGAAGCGCGAGCUGGGAGCGGCUCUCGAACGAGCCUCCUUUUUUUUUUUUUGCAGCAAUGCUGCCGGCCUCCCGCGCCACUCGCAGCAGCAGCAGCAGCAGCAGCAGCAGCAGCUGCAAACGCCUCUGCCGCGCAGAGAGGGCAAGCCAGGCUGCCAGGAGCGGAGCAUGGCCACCUCUCUCGGGCUGCUGCUGCUGCUGCUGGCGGCGGCGGGCUUGGUGCAGCGCGCCCAGCCGAGGAAGCUGCUCCGCUGCCCGGCCACUUGCAGCUGCACCAAGGAAUCCAUCAUCUGCGUGGGGUCGGCCAACGUGCCGCGGAGCCUCCCUGCAGAUAUUAGCUCCUUGAGCGUGGUCAAUGGAACCUUUCCCGAAAUAAAAGAGAAAAUGUUUUCUCACCUGCCUUCUUUGCAGUUGCUGCUGCUGAAUUCUAACUCGUUUACCGUCAUAAGGGACGACGCCUUCGGUGGACUUUUUCAUCUUGAGUACCUGUUUAUUGAAGGAAAUAAAAUUGAAACCAUUUCAAGAAAUGCAUUUCGGGGUCUCCGAGACUUGACUCAUCUCUCUCUCGCCAAUAACCAGAUUAAAGCUUUGCCAAGGGACAUCUUUAGUGAUUUAGACUCUCUGAUCGAACUAGACUUGAGGGGAAACAAGUUUGAGUGCGAUUGCAAAGCCAAGUGGUUGUUUUUGUGGCUAAAGAUGACCAACUCCUCCGUUUCGGAAGUCCUGUGUGUGGGCCCAGCAGAAUUUCAGGACAAGAAAUUAAACGAAGCCUCCAGCUUUGACGAUGAAUGCACCACUACAGAUUUUGUUGUCCAUCAGAUUUUGCCCUAUCAGUCAGUCUCGAUCGACACCUUCAACUCCAAAAACGACGUCUACGUGGCCAUUGCGCAAACCAGCAUGGAAAACUGCAUGGUGCUGGAAUGGGAUCACAUUGAGAAGAACUUCCGGAGUUAUGACAACAUCACCGGCCAGUCCAUAGUAGGUUGCAAAGCUAUCUUGAUUGACGACCAAGUCUUUGUGGUGGUAGCUCAGCUCUUUGGCGGAUCCCACAUUUAUAAGUACGAGGAAAGCUGGACCAAAUUUGUCAAGUUCCAGGAUAUUGAAGUCUCCCGCAUCUCCAAGCCAAACGACAUCGAGCUCUUCGAGAUAGAGAGCGAAACCUUCUUCGUCAUUGCAGAUAGCUCGAAAGCUGGCUUGACCACGGUUUACAAAUGGAACAACAAGGGUUUCUACUCCUACCAGUCCCUGCACGAGUGGUUCCGGGACACGGAUGCCGAAUUCGUUGAUAUAGAUGGGAAAUCUCAUUUGAUCCUGUCGAGUCGCUCCCAGAUUCCUAUUAUCCUUCAGUGGAACAAGAGUUCCAGAAAGUUCCUCCCACACGGUGAGAUACCCAACAUGGAAGACGUGUUAGCGGUGAAGAGCUUCCGGAUAGAAGACAGCCUCUACAUCUCUCUCACCAGAUUUAUCGGCGAUUCAAGGAUCAUGAAAUGGAACAGCAAGCAGUUUGUGGAGAUCCAGGCUCUUCCUUCUCGUGGUGCCAUGACCCUACAGCCUUUCUCCUUCAAGGAUCAUCAUUACCUCGCUCUGGGAAGUGACUACACCUUCUCCCAAAUAUUCCAGUGGGAUGAGGAGAAGAGCCUCUUUCAGAUAUUUAAGGAGAUCUACGUGCAGGCGCCCCGCUCCUUCACCGCGGUGUCGACGGACAGGCGAGAUUUCUUCUUCGCUUCCAGUUUUAAAGGCCACACGCAAAUAUUCGAACACAUCAUUGUUGACUUGAGUUUAUGAAGCGGCCCUGAGCGUGGGAACUCACGUAGGAUGAUACUUUCACGUGAAAACAAAGGGGGGGGGAGAACAGAUUGUUCACUUUUGAUAGCUAGAGAGAACCCUUAGCAUUAUUCAGCAAGAGGUUGUUUUUUUUGUUUUGUUUUUUGGAACUUUUUAGAAGUUUGCCUAUUUAAUCAGGGAAUGCAUUAACUCGGUUAAGUGCAUGACAUGCCAGUUUUACCCUUGACAAGAGGUAUUUUUAAAGACCUAUUAUUGCUCACAAUAGACGGUGUGCAAAGGCGUUAGUUCUAAAAAGGAUGCAAAACUGAAAGGAGGAACGGCUGAGAAAGUGGGAUGAACAACCAGCCGAAACGAAUAGAGAGAGGAAGAGCAGCGGCAACGACUCUGCGAGGAAAAACAAUGUUUUUUUUCUCUUCUUCGGGAUUUUGAGGUUGAAAGCAAUUCCUUCUAGUGAUUUGCAACUGUUAGCAUCCUGAUGAGAAAUCCUGCUCACAGGAUGCGUCUCUUGUGAGGACGAAGCAGUUCUGGUUUCUGGACCCUGGGAAAUUAAGUGGGGGGAAUCUCUUAAGUAACACGCCGACGUUCUGAUUCGGAGAAAGGUGCCGCUAUCUCUUUUGAAUUACCAAUCAAAAGAGAUUGGUGAAAAGAGGAGGAGGAGGAGAAGGGACGGGGAGGGAGAUGAGGAGAAGGAUGGAAGGAGGAAGGAAGGAGGAGAGUGGGGUCCUUUGGUGCUCUCUGAGCUUGGUUAUUUUCUUGCAAACAUUUCAUAACCCAACUAGGGAAUAUUAUCAGUAUUAGAAGGGGGUGGGGUUUGCAAAGAGGAGGAGGAGGAGAAGGGACAGGGAGGGAGAUGAGAAGGAUGGAAGGAGGAAGAGGAGGAGGAGAGUGGAGUCCUUUGGUACUCUCUGAGCUUGGUUUUUUUCUUGCAAACAUUUCAUAACCCAAUUAGGGAAUAUUAUCAGUAUUAGAAGGGGGUGGGGUUUGCAAAGAGGAGGAGGAGAAGGACAAGGAGAAGACUACUCAAUUAAUAUUCUUCCCUAGUUGGCUAAUGGGUAGACUUGCAUUCAAUAGUCCAUCGGAAUGAAUACGGUAAGAUUGAUUGCUAAAUUAGAUUUUAUCAGAAGUUUACAGCUGCUAAAGAUGAAAUCUUUUCAAUACUGACAGCAAAAAAAAAACAGGCAUUUGACAUGACAGCUCUGCAUUCAGUCUUUAUUUUCCCCCCUUAGGCACAAGUCAAGCUUAAAUUCUUAUUUUAAACUUUCGAUCCCAGUGAUAAAAAAGAUAUAUACAUUCCUUUGAAACGAUCUGGGAAAUAAUAGUCCUUUGGCUUCAACUCAUCCUCAUCUCCUUCCAAAACUGUGCGUUGAAAGGAUAAAUAAAUAUCUGAGACAGAGAAUGGAUUUGGAGCUGAUUUGAUCGAGUUGAAUUUCCGGAUCAAAUGGAUUGAUCCCCCCCCCAAAAAAAGUUGAUUUGAAUUAUUGGAGCGGCUUGGUUACGUUCUCAUUGAUUUCAAACCAUUUUUCAGUACUUGAAUUGGAUGCAGAAAUUCAGCUUCACCAAGCUAAGCAAUUGAAUGGAAUUCAUUUUCCAAAUCUCUUUGGAAACAUUAGUUUUAAACUGAUUAUUUGCAUUAGAACAAUAAAAUUCAGAGCUUUGUGGCAUUUGAGGAGAGUUGGGUCCCAAGAGUCUAUUAUAAUUUUUGAAAUGUCCUGAUGGAGUAUUAUUUUUUUCCCCAACUAAUGUAUUCCCGAACAGAAAAUGAACUUUAUUAUGAUCAUUAUCAAUGAUAAUGACAGCAUAUUAACUUAUCCAGACCGAUCUCUAAAAAGGCUUUACAAUAAUAAAUAUAUAAUCUAAAAUGCAUUACCAAAAUAAAUAUAAUAUCUAUGUGCUUUGUUCUUUC